AUGCAACUUAAGACAUGGAAUGUAAGGACUCUCCUGGACUCGUAUGGCAGCUCUGACAGACCUCAUAGGAGAACAGCAUUGGUUGCUGCUAAGUUGAGUCGCUACAACAUCGACAUUGCUGCUCUGAGUGAGACCAGAAUCCUGGAUGAAGGCUCUCUAACAGAGCAAGGGAUGGGCUACACGUUCUUCUGGAAAGGUUACCCGUCGGAAGGACAACAUCUGCAUGGUGUAGGACUAGCCAUCAAAAACACUCUACUACCAAGACUCGCUGAAACACCUGUUGGCAUUAGUGAGAGACUAAUGACCCUCCGUAUCCCCCUGGUUAAGAACCGCUUCGCCACACUUCUCAGUGCAUAUGCACCAACCCUGCCAUCCGAGAGUGUGGCCAAGGACUCUUUCUACCAGUCACUGGACGAGGCUCUUCGCCGGAUCCCCAAGAAUGACAAGAUUUUCUUGCUUGGUGAUUUUAACGCCAGAGUGGGACAAAACAGCAGCAUAUGGAGUGGAGUGCUUGGCAGGCAUGGAGUUGGCCAGGUUAAUGCAAAUGGGUUGAGAUUACUCACUCUCUGCUCUGAGCAUAACCUGACCAUAACCAACACUAUCUUCCAGCAGAAGGCUAAAUACAAGACUUCGUGGAUGCACCCUCGUUCCAAACAAUGGCACCUGAUAGACUAUGUCAUUGUGAGGCAAAGUGACAUCAGAGACGUUCACAUCACCCGUGCCAUGAGAGGUGCAGAAUGCUGGACAGAUCACCGUCUGAUCAUGGCCAAGGUCCACAUGCAAAAACUAGGGGGGAUGGAGUUGUCCUUGAGCUCAUCUGAGAACACCAUGGACCAGAAGUGGAAAUCUAUCAGCUCGGCUCUCUAUGAGGCACCAGCCCAAACAAUCGGCUAUAAGAGCAAGAACCACAAAGACUGGUUUGAUGAAAACUCGGAAACCAUCCAUGACUUGCUGAAGGACAUGCACAGAGCACAUCGGGCAACGCUAAAGAGCCCCUCGUCCAGUAGCACCAGGCAGCAAUGGCAGAUAAUUUGUCGGGAAGUACAAAGGGCUACUCGGGUCAUGCAGAAUGAGUGGUGGACUAAAAAGGCACACAAAACCCAGUCUUUUGCCGAUAAAAAUGACAUGCACAACUUUUACAAUGUUGUCAAAAAGAUCUACGGCCCAAUAAGCCGCUGUAUCACUCCCCUGAAAACAGCAGAUGGCCUGACAGUCCUGAAGGACCAGCAUAGCAUUCUGCUGAGAUGGGCUGAACAUUUUGGUACCCUGCUAAAUCAGGACUCUGAUGCAGACCCCACUGUCCUUGACGACCUGCCUACACUUCCUCCUAUGCACAAUAUAGACCAGCCCCCAACCCUCCUGGAGGUCCUAUCAGCUAUCCGUUCCCUUAAAAACAACAAGUCCCCUGGUAAUGACAACAUCCCUGCUGAGCUAUUGAAACAAGUAGGCUACCUCUGUACAAGAGCAUUACACAAGUACAUCACCAAGGUCUGGGCUGAUGAGAACGUCCCACAACAAUGGAAAGACGCCAAUGUUGUCGCCAUUUACAAGAACAAGGGUGACAAGGCUGUCUGUGGCAACAGCAGGGGUAUUUCGCUCCUUGCUGUCCUGGCAAAGGUUAUGCUCCAUAGGCUGAUUAGAAACACCACCGAGUCAAUACUGCCUGAAUCACAAUGUGGAUUUAGGAAGAGCAGGAGCACGGUGGACAUGAUUUUCACAGCUCGACAGCUGCAGGAAAAGUGCAGAGAACAACAUCAGGACCUGUUCAUGGCCUUUGUCGAUCUCUCCAAAGCCUUCGACACUGUCCAGAGAGAACGUUUAUGGGAAGUCCUUAUCAGGUUUGGCUGCCCCAAAAAGUUUGUCAACAUCCUCCGCCAAUUUCAUGACUGCUCGGUGACUAUAGGAGGACAAGAGUCUUCCCCCUUCCCUGUACAUACAGGGGUAAGGCAGGGGUGUGUAUUAGCACCAGUACUUUUUAACAUCUUCCUGCUAUGUGUCACCCAGCUCCUCCACAAGGAGAUUGAGGACAGUAGCGGUGUGGCAGUGGACUUUCGUCUAGAUGGCAACCUCUUCAACAUAAGGAGGCUCCAGGCAACCACCAAACUGCAAAGGGAGAGAGUCAUUGAGCUACAGUAUGCAGAUGACUGUGCUCUUGUAUCUCACAGUCCACAAGACCUCCAGUCUGUUCUUACUGCUGUGGUGAGAGCGUACAGCAGGAUGGGACUGACCGUCAACACCAUCAAGACGGAAGUAGUUUGCCAGUGGAAUGCCAACAUCCCAUCUACACCACCUACCUUCACUGCUGCUGGUGAACAACUGUCUGUUGUACCAUCCUUCAGAUACCUGGGGAGCAUUCUCUCUGAAGACAACACCAUCGACAAUGAGGUCCAAAACAGGAUAAAGCAGGCAUCAGCUGCUUUUGGGAGACUCCGGCGUAGGGUCUUUCAAAACAAGAACCUCCAUCUCCACACGAAGGUCUGUGUCUACCAAGCCAUCUGCAUCACUACCCUCCUUUACAGCUGCGAAGCCUGGGUAACUUACAGCCACCACAUCAGGGUCCUAGAGCAGUUCCACAUACGCUGCCUUCAGCGCAUCCUGGGAAUUACCUGGCGUGAUCGUGUGCCCCACUCUGAAGUACUCUCGAAGACCAGCUGCAGGAGUAUUGAGGCCACAAUUACUCAGCACCAGCUACGAUGGCUGGGCCAUGUAGUAAGGAUGCCCUCAAACCGACUGCCUCGCAGAGUGCUAUAUGGCCAGCUACACCAUGGUCGACGCUCUGCUGGAGGGCAGAAGAAGCGCUAUAAAGACCAGCUGAAGACUGCGUUAAAGAAAUGUAAAAUCAGACCUGAGGCCCUGGAGGACGCUGCUGCUGACCGUAACACCUGGCGCCAGCUGUGCCGGGAUGGGACCCAAAUGCUGGAGGAGGAAAGGACAGCCAUCAGACAGGAGAGGAGACUCAGGAGGAACACGCCUACAGUUGCCGUUGCUACUGCCACCACAUACACUUGUCGUACCUGCAAUAGGAUUUGUGGGUCCAGGAUAGGGCUAUUCAGCCACCAAAGAACUCACCGAUAG